AUCCUAUUGUAACAAAACUAGGUAUGAAAAAGGUGUUCCUAUAAUGUCGGUUAUGUCAGAUUUUGUUGUUUUUCAUGCUUAUAAUUGCACACGUCCAAAUAGUUACAUUAUCAUCGCAUCCCAUUCGGAUUUUGUUGUCGUUGAACUUUAGAUUUGGAAAUAAUUUAUAUAAUUUUAAGUCUUUGAAUUCAACAAAAGCUACUUUUCUCAUAGAGAUAUUAUCAGCGUAUGACAAUUAAAGAUUUCGAUAUGUCCUUCUUGUGAUUCAUCAUGGAUCACAUUGGAUAUGGCGAGAAUUCAUGCGUACACAAUCGAUCGAUUUAAUUGUGUUUCGUAUUUUUAUUUCGUAGGCAUAUAUUGAAAACAUUUUUCAUUGUAGUUCUUCCACAUAUGCGUUUCGAUGCCAGAUGGGUCCAGAAUGGUAUCAUUGUCGCUGGUGGUUACGGUGAAGGUGAGGCAUUUAAUCAACUUUCACUUCCUCAUGGUCUCUAUGUGAAUGACGAUGACACCAUCUUAAUCGUUGAUUUGGCCAAUCAUCGUAUUGUGGAAUGGAAAUACGAUGCGACAUUUGGUCAAGUAGUGGCAGGUGGUAAUGGAAAAGGAAAUAGAAUUGAUCAAUUGAAUAGGCCAACGGAUGUUAUUACCGAUAAAAAAACAGACAGUCUUAUCAUUUGUGAUCGAGGAAAUCGACGAGUGGUACGAUGGUCUCGUCGAAAGGGCACAACAAGUGGAGAAAUAAUCAUCGAAGAUAUUGAUUGUUGGGGAUUGACGAUAGAUGAUCAAGGAUUUUUCUAUGUCUCUGAUUAUAAAAAAGAUGAAGUAAGACGAUACCGAAUCGGAGAAACAAAUGGAACAUUAGUAGCAGGUGGAAAUGGACAUGGUAAUCGUCUCAAUCAACUUGAUUGGCCUCAAUACAUCGCUGUCGAUCAAGAUUAUUCAGUAUACGUGUCCGAUUGGAACAACCAUCGUGUAAUCAAGUGGAUUGAAGGUGCAACAGAAGGCAUUGUGGUGGCGGGUGGCCGAGGUAAAGGCUAUGAUUUUACUCAAUUGUCUUAUCCUAACGGAAUAUUUGUCGAUCCGUUCGGAACAGUCUAUGUCGCAGAUCAGGGAAAUCAUCGAGUGAUGCGUUGGUUGAAAGGUUCAACGGAAGGAAAUCUUAUUGCUGGUGGAUAUGGUGAAGGUAAUCGAGCAGAUCAAUUGAGCAGUCCAGCUGGUUUAUCACUCGAUCGACGUGGCAAUCUCUAUGUCGCCGAUAGCAAAAACAAUCGAGUUCAACGAUUCUUAAUCCAAGCGAGCUGA